AUUUUAAAUGUCAGUACAUCCAUCUCCAUCUGUAUCUAUUAAGAAUAUUUUAUAAGAUAUUUUUGUUCAAAAUAAUCAUAGAUUAGAAAAUUCAUUGUUAUCAAUCAAUUGUAUAAUGUAAAAUGGAUUCAUUUUUUGUCAAUGCAUUUCAUUGUAAACUAGUAGAAUAUUUAUUUAGGUAACUAUGAUUUCUGUAAAACACCAUACUAUUUUUUUCUAUAACUAUGAUCGUCAUUGGAAGAUAUUGUAAAUCUUUAUACAAUAUAGGUACUCGUGUGCACUAUUGUUUUAAUUGUAUAUAUUGGUAGCGCAUGGUCUCAUUACUUAUAUACAAUUGGCUAUGAAAUACUGAAUCGGACAUCGUGCGUAUUAACUGUAUCAAUGGACGCCAACUGCAGAAAGAGGAAACGCGAGUUUUUUGAAGUUAAUGUCCGUGCUGUAACGGACACUCUGGACCUAUCUGUUUCGCCAUUUAUGGGGAUAAAAUGCCGUUCAUUACGUCGGAUGCAAGGACCUUGGGCGUUUCGAUCGAUACCCCGAAAUAAUAUGAACCUGCCAUACAACAUAACAACUUAUCAACAAUUGGUGGUGUAUGGAUCUUCGAAAGCAUGGCCGUCAUUUCUAAUACAGAACCUCAGUGAAAUAGUCGUCAGACCUCGACGGUCUGGGGGAUAUAAAUCACUUUGGAGACGGUCCAAAAAGUUCCUAAGAAACUGCGUUGCAAGCGUCGGAUGCCAAAUGACUCGUGGCCCCUAUGCAUAAACUAUCUGCAGGACGCUUUAUUGGUCAGUUGGAUAACGAGAAUGCGCAGCCGCUGAGACGUUCAUGUGCUCGGUCGUCGUCUCGUCAGUCGUCAGUGGUCUCUUAAUCUAGCCAUAAUACGUAUAGGCACAGUACUACAACAGUGGUUUAAAAAUGUUUGUCAACUGGAUAUCAACGAUUAUUAUUGUCAUAACUAUUUUUCAAUACUUGUUUUGGAUUGUGUAUAAUAAAA